GUAGAAUCAUACGAAUGCAGCAAAUUAUCGCUCUCAGUAUAGAUUUAGUAGAUUGAAGUUCAAGAAAUGGAACGAUAUGAGGAGGACAUAUAUCGUUUGAACUUAAGAAUCAAAGAGCUGAUAUCCAGAAACGAUUUGCUGGAAUCACAAAACGAACAGCUAGCCAUCGAAAACCAAACAUUGUUGGUGGAAAAUGUUCAACUAAAAGCAGAAACCAGUAGUCUAUCUCAGAGCAAUGUGCAGUACAAGAUGCAACUUGAGAAGGAAAUCGCCCAACGGGAACAGCUAUACGAGGCCAAUCAAAGGCACAAAACACGCUAUCGGGCGCUGUUGGAUCGCUUCACCGAGCAAAGCGAGAAGGUGAAAAUGCUGGAACACAGCCUUCGGUCGGCGGCGUCCACCAAGAGGAUCAAUCACGUGCCGGUGGAAAUAAUUGGUACGAUCUCCGACAUCGGGAAAAAGAAAGAAUAUGAAAAACGAUGUCAAGAGCUGCAGAGCAGGUGCGAUGAACUGCGGAAAGACCUGACCGGAGCUUACGCUAUCAUCGAUGAUCUGGAAUUCGAGCUGGAAAGCAUUGACUACUUAGAAGACGAAAACGACCGGCUACAACAGGAAGUCAAAAGUUUAAGGUCCAAACUGCAAGAUCAAUCUCCGCUGGCGCUUGCGGGUGCAGCAUCCACUGAGUUGUCCGAAUCGAAAAGCACGCCGUCCGAGAUAGAGCAAUCUGAUGCCGAUUCUUCGGUUACAAUUAAGUUCAACUCUGAAGUGGAUAGCACCGACAAUGGCGAAAACAGCAGAAAAUCCCGACGAGACGGACUAAACAGGAAACUGUAUACCUUGCACGAAAAACAGUUUGGUCACUCCUCAAGGACAUAGGUUACGGUCUCAGAAGCAUAAUAACUGCGCCACACAACUUUUUACCCAUAUUUGCACUCUGAGGGUCAAACAACUGCCGGCGAUGCAUUUUCUCUCCGAUCAAUCAUAGUGUUUAUCCCCGGACUAAAUAAAUGCACCGUCUCAUUAUGGAUUUUACCCCCUU